AUGAUAGCUAAUCAGAACGCUGAGUUAUCAAAAGUCACGACAGCUGGUACUGUUAUUGGUACAGGACUGAUAAGUUCUGCACGUUUGGACAAACGCACUUUUUUGAGUGCUCUUCUGGGUGCUGCGUUCGGAUUUGGACUUAGUAUAACUCUGUAUGGUCUUUGGAAUGGCUUAAUACUAUCUUUGAAACGCCGAAAACAAGAUGAACAAUUACAUCAUAUGACUGAACAACUGACCAGCGUUAAGGAAGAAUUGUUGGAAUUGCGUAAUGAAAUAUACACUUUCAGCAGGAAAGCUUUGAAUAGCAAGAAUGACGUUGAAACGCUGCCAUUUUUUAUGUUCGAUGAUGUUGACAAUAUAGAUGAUGACUACGAAAACUUUUUGGAUGUAGAGAAUGACGAUAAUGACUUGACUUCUACUUCAUUUUAUUCCGCUAAGUCCCCAAAUGAAGUUUUAUCAUCAGCAGAUUCAUUUCAAAGUGUUAGCAGCCAUUUAUCAAAUGACAAUUGGUGCAUGACAGUCAGAGUCCCAUCUAGUGUGCUAGAAGAAAUAGAUACACUUGCUAAUUAUGCUCUAGGCGAGUGUCCAUCAAGCGCAUUACCAACACAUCCAAGCGGAGAAGACAUCAGUCCAGGCAUACAAGCUUAUGCUAGAUGCUUAGUUUAUAAGUACAAGUACCGUUAUUGUCCAGAAUUCUUAUGGCGUUUUGCUCGUGCCACUUAUAUAGCCAGUGAAGAAUCAUUGUCAGAGGAAGAAAUUGCACAAAAAACAACUAAUAUGGAAAAAAAUAAUUCAACUUCUGAUAGUUUGCGAAAUCUUCAUAGUUUAAAUGAUAUUGCAUAUGAAUUGCAAAGUCGACGACAAUUCAUCGAGUCUGGAAUAAAGAGUGCACCUCCGAUCUACAAAUGGUCAGCUGUUUUAAUUGGGAUUUAUUCUUCUUACCUUAGCGCUCAACAAAGAAUACAAUAUGGCUAUGAAUUCAAAGAGUUAAUUGACACCGCUAUUAAGCUUGAUCCAUCUGAUGCUCUAUCUUACUACUUACUAGGACGAUGGUGCUAUGAAGUUUACAAUCUUUCAUGGAUUGAGCGUCAAAUCGCAUCAAGGUUGUUUGCGAAGCCUCCGACCUCCACUAUUGAAGAAGCAGAGACCGCAUUUGAAAAUGCUGAGAAAUUACGUCCCAAUCAUUAUGCUGCACUCUACUUAUAUCGAGCUAAAUGUUCCAUAUGCACUUCAGACUAUAAAACAGCACUGUAUAACCUGGAAAAAGCUCGAGCCUUGUUUGGCCAGGAUAGAUAUCCUAUGCCACAUACAGACACUGGUUCAAUAAGAGAACAAGUCGACCAACUGUACAAUAAAUACUGUGGAUACGCAUAA